CGAAAUCCUAUUGUAGUGCACAUGCCUGUGCCUGUUCCGCAGCCGGUGCCGCACCCGGUUCCGCAACCGGUAGCAGUACCCGUGGCGGUGCCGGUCGCUAGGCCCAUACCGAUCAUCGCCGUGCCCGUGCCGAUUCACAUCGACCGCGCCGUGCCGGUGCCUAAGCCGUAUCCCGUCGCCGUGGAGAAGAUCGUCCACGUGGACCGGCCGGUCCCGGUGCCGGUCGAGAAGCCGGUGCACGUCCCGGUCGAUCGGCCGGUGCACGUGCCGGUGCCGGUACCGAGACCGUAUCCCGUCGCCUUCGAGAAGAUCGUGCAUGUGGACCGACCGUAUCCGGUGCACGUGGCUGUGCCGGUGCACGUGCCGAAGCCGUACCCGGUCGCCAUACACGCGCACUAUAAGUCACACGGUUGGUAA